AUGCACUCUCUGAAGCAUUUCCUCACGGCGUCUUCUGAAGUCACAAACUUCCCAGAGUUUGUGGCUGUUGGGAUAGUUGAUGAUAUUCAGGUUGGACACUACGACAGUAACACCAAGAGAGUAGAACCCAAACAGGACUGGAUGAACAAAAUCACAGAAGACAAAGCUGACUACUGGGAGUGGCUCACUGAAAGAGCUGUGUAUCACCAGCAGACCUUCAAAGUCAGGCUUGACACUUUCAAGCGGCGCUUCAACCAAACUGGAGGUGUUCACAUUGUCCAGUGGAUGGUAGGCUGUGAGUGGGAUGAUGAGACUGGAGAGGUUCAUGGUUAUGAUCAGUUUGGUUAUGAUGGAGAAGACUUCAUAGCUCUGGACCUGAAGACAUGGACGUGGGUCGCUCCACAACAACGGGCUGUCUCUAUCAAACAAGAGUGGGAUAAUAACAAAGCUCAUUUAGCGUAUCUUAAGAUUUACUACACCAAGGAGUGCGUUGACUUGCUGAAGAAGUUUGUGAACUAUGGGAGGAGCUCUCUGAUGAGAACAGACCUCCCCACAGUGUCUCUCCUCCAGAAGACUCCCUCCUCUCGGGUCACCUGCCACGCUACAGGUUUCUACCCCAACAGAGCCAUGAUGUUCUGGAGGAAAGAUGGAGAGGAGCUUCACGAGGACAUGGACAAGGGAGAGAUCCUCCCCAACCACAACGGCUCCUUCCAGAUCAGCGCUGACCUUCAACUGCCCUCUGAUGACUGGGGGAAGUACGACUGUGUGUUUCAGCUCUCUGGUGUGAAGGAGGACAUCGUCACCAAACUGGACAAACGAGAGAUCAAGACCAACUACGUGAAUCCCAUGAACACCGUCAUCCCCAUUAUCGCCAUCAUCGCUGCACUCGUUCUUCUCGGCCUCGCUGUCAUUGGAUACAAGAAAUACAGAGGCAGAAAAUCUACAUGUGAAACAUCUCCUGAAAACAGCUCUGAGCUCGCUGAGAAACUGAAUCCAGAGCCUAAAUGAUGAACACACCACCCUGCACCCUGUGAGUUUCUCUCUACGGGACGUGGACCAUUCUCACUGUUAAAAACGCCGUUUUAAACGUCGUGUUAAAGAAGCUUCUUUGUUAAACUUUUGUGAGGUUGAAAUGAGUGUAAAUAUGUAGCUUUGUAGAGCUGAUCUCUCCAAACACUGAUGUGUUAUACGAUUGUUCGAUUUGACCGUCUUCAUCUCUGCAGGUUUCUUGAAACAUUUUGCUCGGAAACAAUCAGAGUGAAGGUCGUCUGUGUGCGUUACUGGAGUCCACCUCUCUCACACUGCAGUCACCGUAACGCUCUGCAAGAUGAGCCAGAAUGAAAACAGACUAAUGGAGUUUCAUCUCAGUGGUGAACUGUCUUAAAUUUGUACCAAACACAGAUAAUAAUUCAAUCUUGUUCCUUCCACGUCUUUAAAAGGCCUCCCUAUGAUCACACACGUGAAAUAAAAUCAUCAGUUCAAGAUUCAUCUUCCAUCUGUGUAAAUAGUCUGCUUGUACAUUUUAUAUACAUUUUGUUUUAUUACUAAAAAACCAAAGCAAAUAAUAAUUCUUGUCUCUGAGUUUUUUUAACGGAUAAGGAGAAUGUUUUUUUUUAAAUAAUAUUCCUCUUUUGAUUUAUUUUGAAACAUUUUUAUUAGAGAUGUCAAACGAUGACAAUUUUUA